UUGCAACAAGAAGUAUAAAUAAGUGGUGCAAAAAGAGAACAAAAAAACUGUAGGGUAGUUUCCAUGGGUUGGUUCAUUUUCCAUUCAGAAAUCUGAUGGUGGAGGGGAAGAAGCUGUUCGUAAAACAUUGAAUGUUUGUCUUCAAGCUCCUGUACCUCCUAACUGAUGGUGUCAAUGAGAAGAGGGCAUGUCCUGGGAGAUGGGGGCCCUCAAUGAUGGAUACCGCCUUUUUGAGGCUUAGUCUUUUUACGUCCUUGAUGCUGGCGAGCCUAGUGCCAUGAUGAAAUUGGCUGAGUUUACAAGCUUCUGCCGCUUUUUCUGAUCCUGUGCAGUGGCCUCUCCAUAUCAGUUGGAUGAUACAUUUGUAGAAAUUUCUGAGAGUCUUUGGUGAUAUACUAAGUCUUCUCAAACUCCAAAUGAAGUAUAGCUGCUAUUGUGCCUUCUUUGUAAUUGCAUUAGCAUGUUGGGGCCAGGGUAGAUUUCAGGGAUGUUGACACCCAAGAACUUGAAACUGCUCACCCUAUCCACUGUCGCUCCCUCAAUAAGGACUGGUGUAUGUUCCCUUGGAUUCCCCUUCAUGAAGUCCACAAUCAUUUCGUUGAUCUUACAGUUAUAGAGUACAAGGUUGUUGUUGCGACACCACCCAAUCAGCUGGUCUAUUACACUAUUUUAUGACUCCUUGUCAUCAUCUGAGAUUCUGCCAACAGCAGUUACGUCAUCUGUAAAUUUAUAGAUGGCAUUUGAGCCGUGUCUUGCCACGCAGUCGUGGGUCUAGAGAGGGUAGAGCAGUAGGCUAAGCACAUAUCCUUGAGGUGCGUCGGUAUUGAUUGUUAGCGAGGCGGAGAUGACAUUUCUGAUGUGCACUGAUUGUCAAAUGAGGAAGUCAAGGAUCCAGUUGCAGAGAGAGGUGGAGAGGCCCUGGAUUUGAAGCUCGAUUUCUACUGCCAAAAAAAUGUUUGAUGGUGAAAUGGCAAGUCUGGAGGCCAUUUUGAAAACGAACACUGUUAAAGUGCCACAGCCAAUUAAAGUGAUCAGUCUGUCAGAUGGUGGGUCGAUGUUUGUUAUGGAGCAUUUGGAUAUUCACAGCUUAAACAGAUACAUGGCUAAACUAGGAGAGCAACUGGCAGAUCUGCAUCUUCAUAAUGCAAAACUUAACGAGCAGCAACAAAGAGACGCGCAGACUGUUGGCAAGGGGCCAGGUCAGUCUGAUAUUCAGUAUGUGGACAAAUUUGGAUUUCAUAUUGUAACUUGUUGUGGUUACAUUCCACAGAAUAAUGACUGGCAGAAUGACUGGGUAAAUUUCUUUACUCAGCAACGUCUUCAGAUCCAGAUGGAUUUAAUUGAAAAAGACUAUGGAGACCGUGAAGCCAGGGAGCUCUGGUCAAAGCUGCAGUUGAAGAUACCUGCUCUAUUUCAUGACAUAGAAAUUACACCAGCUCUCCUUCAUGGAGACCUUUGGGGAGGAAAUGUUGGACAAGUAGAUGAUGGGCCAGUUAUUUUUGAUCCUUCAUCUUUCUACGGCCACUCUGAGUAUGAACUAGGAAUAUCUGGAAUAUUUGGAGGGUUUAACUCUGCUUUCUAUAAAGAAUAUCAUAAUAAAAUUCCCAAAGCCCCUGGGUUUGAGAAGCGUCUUAAACUUUACCAGCUCUUCCAUUACCUGAAUCAUUGGAAUCAUUUUGGGACGGGGUAUCGAGGGUCUUCAAUUAGUACGAUGAAAGCUUUGCUUAAGUAGUUAUAUUAAUGACAAUACCAGUGUUGGGUCAAAUGGUAGGAAGUUAAUCUAUUAUCUUUGCUUGAAAAUAUCUUUAAAUGCCUACCUUUGAAGAAACUAAUAUUUGAAGAUAUUGAAUAUUAAAAAAUUGGCUGUCCACUAUUUCAUCAGAUAUUAGAACAUAACAAUUGAUCAUAAUCUCAGUAACUUAGAGUAUUUAUUGCUUUUUUGUUUUACUAUCUUCCAUAUUAUCCUGUAUGCUUUGAUAAAUGAAUGACAACUUGUAGAUUUUAGAAAAAGACUAAAUCAUUAACAUUGUUUGAUCAAUGAACAAAAGUAGAAGAAACACAUGACUGAAAGAUUCGAAAUGUGAGAACUCGCAUUCAAAAUAUGUGUACCUAGAGGAUUUCUGUUGGAAAAUUUACUCUAUUGUAAAAAAAACAGGUGUUGACUCAAUUAAACAGCAAAAAUUGUAUGCAAAUAAUUUUUCAAUGUAUAAUUUAUCUUAAACAGCUUCACUGUGGCACACUUUAAAAUAUUGUUUACAGACACAAAGACAGCAUUUUGGUAGCACUUCAGCUUUUCAUUAAGAAAAUUGUUUUCUCCUGAUUUCCAGGUGCUUACAGAUAGUUUUUCUAAGGUUAUAACCUUCUAGAGGGGAAACAAUGGAAUGAAUGAUACUGUGGAAUCUCAUAUGAGAAACUAAGUUAUACUCUGCUUCUCUAUUGCUAUUCUGUAUCAGCUAUGUAUUUGCCCACUUAUGCAACUAUCCAAAUUGCCUUAGUGGCUCUUUACAUUGUCCUCAUAAUUCCUUGUUGUGUUGUCAGCAAGCUUCAGUUCCCUUGUACAAAUUAUUUGAUGGUUAUUGUUAGUAGCUGAGGCCCAAGCGCUGAUCAAGUACUGGUUUGCCUGUCAAUCUUCCUGAAUUGGCUUUUUUUCACUUAUGAUGUUUGGGGUCUGUGUUUAAUACCUUAUGUUACUAAAUUUAUAAAAAAGUAAGACCUUUAAAUCAGAAAACAAAUACAAAAAAUUGGAAAUUUGAGCAGAAAAGGAAAUCAGACUUUAAUUAAAGUAAUAAUAAGGAUGCAGAUUAUGAGGGUCUCAGUUUGGAGUAUUGUGCAGAAUAUGACAGUCCCAUUUCACUGGAGCAUCUGCCUAAGUUGUUAUACCCUGUGUUCUGUCAAGUAACUUAAAGCCUGAACUUUUGUCUCAGAGCUGCAAGUGCUGGCCAUUUAACCUUUUUGGCUGAUUGGACAAAAUACAUUCUUUGUGAGUAAUUGUGUUUUUCCUCUGUGAUCUGCUUACUACUAUAGGAAACAAAGCUUUUUUUAGCCAUUUAACUGUGAUUUCUCUGUUUUCAGGAUUUCAAACAGCACUUCAUUAAUCAUUCUUAAUUUAAACAUGUUGUUUUUAUAUCCUGGAGUAAAGUGAUAAAGCACUAAUGAAUUUUGAAUGUAUUAUGGUAAAGAAGUAUCCCUUUUAUGCAAACCGAUUGAAGGAAGCACGCAGCAUGUUUCAAAUUGAAAUUAUUUCUCUAGUCUGCUUUGAACAAGUGUUGCAACAUUCAAAUUUCAAUAGGCUGAGCAUAACCUUCUGGUUUAAUUUGACUGUUAAAUUAGAAAAAGUAAUAUAAUUUCUCCCAUUAUUGUGUAUGUUAUACUUUUAAACCAGGGAACAUAUUUGUAAUAAUUUUCUAAUAUACCUCAAAUUUAUCACGGUGAGCUACAGUUUUAUGUCCACUCAAGGCCGGGUGAAGUUACCUAGGUGACUGUUCCUCGUUUCUAAGCCCAUAGAGACCUAUGUCAAUGUGUUAUGUGGGUAUUGCUAUCAGAUUGCCACUGUCUGUAAGGAGUUUGUACAUUCUUGUUGUGAACACAUGGGUUUCCUCUGGGUGAUCCAAUUUCUUCCCACAGUCAAAAUGCGUACCAGAUGGUAGGUUAAUUGGUCAUUGUAAAUUUUCCCUUGAAUAGGCUGGGGUAAAAUCGGGGAUUGCUGGGAACUGUGGCUCGAAGGGCCUAUUCUGUUCUAUAUUUCAAUAAAUAAACACAUAGACUUAAUUGAAUAGCCAAAUAUUUAGUUCUAGUUUGGAUUAUUUCAGAGACACAAGAGUGAGAUUGUUUUUCUAGCCACUGAUAUUAUUUUGUUCACUGCUUUCUGUUAACUGUAAACAACAAUCUUUCCAUUGUGGUUGUACUUGAGAUUGGUGAACUAUCAAUGGACAGAAUAGACUUUCCAGGUAUGUGCGAGUUCAUGUUAACAUUAGUAAGUAGUUUCAUGUUUUCCUGCAGCAAAUGGAUGAGCAGCAUAUUCUGUCUGUUUUGCAUAUUAAAAAGGCCCAAACAGGUGCUUGUUCCGGGUUUUCAAAAUAUUCCUUACAAGUGAACAGAACCUGGAACCCCUAGCAGAAAUGGAGUAAUAAGCAGUGCUGUCUAAAUUAUUGGCUCAUUUUCACACUGUCAGUGCUGAACAGGUAGAGUCAAAAACAGAUCCAUUCCUUUGUGUAAAUGGGAAUGAAAGAGUGAAUAAAAUGGAAAUCAUCUCCUCUGGUUCAGAUGACAAAUUUUUGACAUUGUUUCUUAUGACUUCUGACAGUCAUGAAAAUCAUUUUCCUGCAUUUACUUCCAAUCUGCUUUUCUCUGAAUACAAUGCCUGUGCACUCUGUAUUUUGGCCCUGCACUGCUGUAAGGAAAGAGAUAAUUGUGAGUCCUCCUUGGUACAUGCCAAAAUAAAAUGGAAGUUUGAAAAUAAAGUGGAGUCAGCUUGGAAUGUUGUGACAGAGUGCACUUGGUAAACACACUCCAUACACAUGCGCACGCAUAAACGUUGCCUUGUUGUUGUGUUGAGUUUGCACACUUCAGUGUCUUCCCCACUGCUCCCAGGUAUAUUCUAAUAAUGGGUCUGAAGUGCUUCGCUUUAUGUUACCUUUUUUGCCAUACACUUUGGAAUAUUCCAUUUUGUUAGUAAUGGGGAUGUGUAAAUGUGCUUGUUUUGUUUGUGUACUGUUUUUAAGACAGAUAUUUGUUUAUUUUGUAAAAUGAUUGUAACUACGUUGUGAAGUGUAUCAAGUUGUUGAUUCACUUGUAGUCUUAAGUUAAUUUUGAAGGUAAUUGAAGAUGGUAUGUCCUUGUGCCUAAUAAACAGUGCUGAUCGCUCUCGGUAGCAGAGGGAGAGAGAUCAAGCUGCCAGGGGUUCACACUGGACAAACUAGUACGGAGCUAUAAUUGUGUUUUCUGGUAGAUACCUUUUUGCAAAUAUUGACAGUUUUCUUUUUGCUCAUUUUUGUAAGUUUGAUUUUUGACGCACUGAAUAAACUUGUUUGCACUUAAGUGCUAAGCGAUUCCACUCAUUUUCUCUUUGGUCAAAACCUAUGUACUGUAACAAAUUUGGUAAUAUCCUUUUUUUCCUCUUAUUGACCAAUGUUUUGUCAUUAUUUGGAAUGGGCAUCAGUAUAAACAAAAUACGAAGUGUUGUGUAUUUACAUUUCAAUAAUAUUUGAUUAACAUUGUGAAUAUAUUGUUUGAUUAAGCAUUCUUUGUUGUUUACAUCGUUCAUUACGGGUUAAAUGUAAAAGUACAUGAAUGACGUGUGUCAUUGUGCCAGUACUUCAUAAGUGCACACCUUAGUAAAGAUUAAGAGUACACACAUUUAUCCCAGUUUUAAUUUCUGGAGUUACAAAACAUAACAGUUGCAAUGACUAAGUUUUAAAACAAACCUGAGAAUACUAUCUACUGGUUGAAGCACAGCACAUUCUUUCUCCUUAAGGUGGGGGAGAGAGAGAGACAUUUCAGUUAAAAGAAGUGUGUUUUUUUUCUAGAGAAGUGCAGUGAGGCAGAAAACAGGUAAAAUUCACAGAUUUAUAAACAAUGGGUACUGAGGAGUAAUAAUCAUAAAUAAAAGAAACAGAAAUGGCUGGCUACGUUGGAAAGAUAGACACAUUUAAUUGCACAAAGUGUAACUGGAUUUUAUAAGAAGAAUUAGUAGUAUUUUGAAGUAAAUGACAUAGCCAAUGAAAAGAUAAGCAAGUUAUGCUGAAUGCAUUAAGUGGAAAGCAUCCAGUUUGCUUAGAUGUUUGACUGCUCCAACUAAACCAGCCGAAAUGACCUUUGCUGAUAUCGUGAAAGUUAUGCUGGAACAUUUAGAACCAAAACCAUUGCUGAUUGUGGAACACUUUAGGUUUCAUAAGCAUAAUCAAAAGGACGGUGAAUCCAUUUCAGUGUACAAGGAUAAACUAAAGAAAUUGCCUGAAUAUUACCAUUUUAGUGUUGGUCUUAAUCAUAUGCUGAGAGAUUGUUUCAUUUGUGGAAUCUUACAAGAAAGCAUUCAGAAACAGCUCCUAACUGAAGCACGGCUCAGACUUAAAAGAGCAGUUGAAAUUGCUGUAUCAAUGGAAAUAACAGCCAGAGACAAAACUGAGCUGCAGUCAAGAAUGAAAGUGAAUGUGAACAAAAUUGCAACAUCUAAACAGAAACCUGCCUGCCCAAAUAAAUUGUGUUACUGUUGUGGCAGAGGUUCACAUACAGUUCGCCAGACUUGCAGAAAAUGCAACAAAGUAGGGCACGUAUAAAGAGCAUGUCAGGCAGACAAAAAUAAAUGGACAGCACAGGGAAGAGAUAAAGAUAAAAUGUCAAUUUGCAGUUUCAAAAAGGGCAGUAAUCUGCAAGAUGUUGAUGAAAAAUGAUGAGAGUGGUACAGUACAGGAAUGGGUAGCCUUGAAAUUUACUAUGUGAAAACUAACAAGAGACCAGUGAUAUGGGUUAUACUAGAAGUGAACGACAAAUUAAUUAAAAUAAAAUUGAACACUGGCUCAGCUCUUUCAGUCAUUCCACAAGAUGAUUUUGAACUGCACUUCGAAGAAACCCAACUAAGAACUUACACUGGAGCAAAGAUAACUCCCGUGGGAGUGAUAUUCGUAACAGUGAUGUACAACCACCAACAAGACAUUGGGCCUGUAUCUGGUGAAAAUAGAAGGGCCAGCAUUUUGAUGUUGUGAUUGGCUGAAAAAACUACAACUUGACUGGAGAUCCAUCCAACAUCUGCAUGCCACAUCCCCUGUGAUAGAGUCAACUGAGUGCAAAUUUAGAAAGGUACUGGAUGAUGCCAAGGCAGUGUUCAAGGAUAGUAUUGGGAAAUUCAAACAUAUGAAGCGUAAAAUUGAAUUAACUGAAAAUCCCACACCUAAGUUUUACAAAGCCCAUCUGAUUUCUUAUACCAUCUGUGAUAAAGUAGCCAGUGAGCUAGAUCACAUGGAGGCUGAAGGAAUUUGUUCCAAAGUUGAGUGGAAUCCAUGGGCAAUGCCAUUGGUUCCGGUAGCCAAGGUGAAUGGGUCUGUCAGGAUCUUUGGUAAUUUUAAGGUCACUAUCAAUCAAGUACUGAAAGUAGAUCAAUACCCUCUGCCCAGGAUAGAGGAUAUCUCUGCAAACCUUUCAGGAAGAAAACACUUCAGCAAAGUGAACUUAACUGAGGCUUGUGUAGAGAUGGAGAUGGAAGAAGAGUCCAAACUGUUUCUCACCAUAAUCACUCACAAAGGCUGUAAUAGGCUUUAUUUUGGAGUGACAUCUGCACCUGCACUCUGACGGAAAGCUGUGAACCAGGUGCUGUAAGCCUGGAUGACAUUAUUGUUACUGGUGAGGAUGAUAAGGAAUAUCUCCAAAAUCUCAAGACUUUGUUAAAAAGAUUAGAAGAUCAUGGACUCUGAGCAUGACAUAACAACUGUGAAUUCUUUAAUCCAAACAUCACCCACUGUAGUUACACCAUUGACGCACAAGCAUUACACAAAUAUGCUGAGAAAAUUCAAGCAGUGGUGGAUGCCCCAAGUUCAAAGGAUGCAUUACAAUUGUGGUUCCUUUUAGGAUUUGUCAAUUGCUAUAACCAAUUCCUGCCAAGCCUGGCUACUGUGCUUCACCACUUGAACUCAUUUUUGCAGUUCAGGAAGAAGCAGUAAUGGACAAAGCAGUGUGAGGUGGCUUUCCAAAAGACAAAGGGAAUGGUGAGGUCAGACACUGUUCUCACACAUGAUGAUCCACGCAAUCCAGUGAAGCUGGCCUAUGACACCUCACCUUAUGGUAUAGGUGCCAUCAUUUUGCAUGUUAUGAGUGAAUGAAGUGACUACCCAUAGACUUUGCAUUACGUUCCCUUACUGCUGCAUAGAAAAGUUAUGCACAGAUUGACAAGCUUUGAGUCUAGUUUGGAGUGUAAAUCAUUUCAACCAGUACUUGUAUGGGAGACAAUUUACCUUUGUUACUGCUUUCAACCCUA